AUGGCCUCGGGCUACUCGGCGGCCAACCAGCCGCGGCGCACGUCGCCCCCAUCGUCCUCGCCAUCACCACCACCGCCGCCAUCAUCAUCCUCAUCGCCAUCGCCAUCGCCACCAUCCGAUUCCUCCUCCGCCAGGGCCUCCCCCGAGCCCGUCCGCUGGUCGCGCCGCAGCUUCUCGCCGUCGCGCCGCCUCUCCAACGCCAUGCUGCGCGCCCGCUCGUCAAGCGCGCCCCGAACGCUCCUCCAGCGAGCUUGGAGGAAAUGUCUCGACUGGAGUCGCUGGCUCAUCCAGUACUACCUCAGCCUGUCGCUGCUGUACCGCGUCCUCGCCGUCCUCGGCUGCCUCCUCGGCUGGGCCCUCAUCGUCCUCACCAUUGUCUACUCGCACCGCUUCUUCAGCUGGCUGACGCCCGUUGCCAAGUCGUGGCGCGAGCUCCCCGGCGGCUGGCUCAUCGUCUUCGCCCUCAUAUUCGUCACCGCCUUUCCCCCGCUCAUCGGGUACUCGACCGCCAACACCAUCGCCGGUCUCGUGUACGGCUUCCCCAACGGGUGGCCCGUCGCCGCCGUGGCCUGCACGCUCGGCAGCCUCGCCGCCUUCCUCGCCAGCCGCACCGUCCUGAGCAGAUACGUCGACCGAAUGGUCGGCAAGGACCACCGCUUCAUCGCCCUGGGCCAGGUCCUGCGCCGAGACGGCAUCCUCUACCUGACCGCUAUCCGCUUCUGCCCGUUGCCCUUCAGCCUGAGCAACGGCUUCCUGGCCACAAUCCCAAGCAUAACCCCGCUGUCGUUUGCGAUUUCCACGGCUCUGUCAACGCAAGUUCCUCCGCUCCUCGUCCCCAAGCUGCUCAUCCACGUCUUCAUCGGCAGCCGCCUGGCCGUCCUCGCCGAAGAAGGCGACAAGAUGACCGCCGGCGACAAGGCCGUCAACUACAUCGGCAUGGCCGUCGGCGGCAUCAUCGGUCUAGCCGUCGGCCUCGCCAUCUACCGCCGCACCAUGGCUCGCGCUGCCGAACUCGCCCUCGAGGAGGGUCAGGACAUUGGCCAUGUUGAGCAAGGGAGCGGCCGCUACGACGACAUCGACGACACCGACGCCACGCUCUUGGACUCCGAGGACGCAGCGGCCAUCAUGUCAGGUGAUGACGUGUCGCUUUGGGGCGCGCAAGCAAACGCCUGGGGCACUUUUGACGACGACGACGACGACAGCAGCCGUAAGCCCAAUAGAUAA